GCCGUCGAAGAAGUGAGCAAAACGAACGAGCAACUGUGAUGCAAAGGCUUUUCUUUAAAAACAUUCGGGCUCAAGGAAGUGUACGGAGCAUAGAGUGUGUAUAGGUACGAAAUGGAGACACAGCUUAACCUCGAGACUAAUAUUACACACACUAUAUUAGCUUGUAAUCAACAUGAGUAACUCAACAUACAUUUCUAACGUAGCCACAGAGGCCACCAGAAAUGUAAUUCUUAGCUAACGUUUACAUAAAUUGUGAAGCUAUAGCAUAGCUGCGAAUAGUUAAGAGCUACUGUAACUUAUACCAACUUCACUCAUCGAACAUGUCAUUGUAAGUUACCGCUUUUUACGGCAGUCAUUUAGCUCUAUUUGGCUUUAAUGACAGUGAACGUAUCUCGUCGUGUCAUGAGUAACGUUACAGACACAUCAUGUGAAAACCCCCCGGACAGUAUUGGACUAGCAUGUAACUGUUAGCCAGCUGUGUAGUGUCUUAAACAGUAGCUGCGAUGGAGAGAAGCAGCGAGGAAGGAGCAGUUCCUGAUGAAGAGGAUGCAGACCAAGCAACCAGUUGGGUUAUGACAGACUGGAGGAAGACCGGACCAACGACUUCAGGUGGUGUCAUGUCUGAAGGCCAGGCAGAAGUCUUGGAGCCAGAGAGGGAUGAGAGCUCAGCUGCUCAUUCUGUGUCUCCCUUCAGCCUAAUGGACACCUGUGGUCCUUCCAUAUCAAGCCUCUCCUCCUCCUCAUACUCAUCCAAUCAUCAUUAUAUCAAUUCUUCUUCAUCAUCUUCUGUCCUGUCUCUGACUCCACCUUUGCCUCCUUCUGUGGAGCUCUCAGCUGUGUUGACUGAUACAAGACUGACCCUGGAUGUGUACCAGGGAGGAGCAGCGGCAUUGCCACUUCUGUGGGGGUCCAUCCCUGGGCAGCUAAGAGGCCUCCAAUACCUGAGACUGGGCUCUGAAGAUAAAGCAGGACUGGAUGGUGCACUGGAAGUCCUACCGCAUCUGACAGAGCUGCGCUCAUUGGCUAUUCGGGGACACUGUUUUUAUGACUCGCAAGGUGACCCGCUGCCUGGCCUCCUCACCACUUUGCCCACAACCGUUUCCUCCGUUUCUCGUCUGGUGCACCUGGAUCUCUCCUUCAACCAGCUCUCCUGUUUGCCAUCCUGCCUCCUCAGUAUUCCUGCGCUGUCUUCCCUGCUUCUCUGUCACAACCACCUCUCAGCUUUGCCUCCUGAUAUAGGCCAGCUGUCAUCCCUCACCUACCUCUCCCUCAUGGGGAACGAGCUGGUCUCUCUUCCCCCAAGUCUGGGCCAGCUGAAAGCCCUACAGACACUGGAUGUUUCACACAAUCUCCUCCAGCAUCUACCUGAUGAAAUUGGUUCUUUGGAGGGGCUUGUUAAGCUGGAAUUAUCCCACAACAAACUGAAACAGCUACCAGAGACUAUGGGCUCUCUCCUUUUGCUCAGGGAGCUUGUCAUUUACAGCAAUGACCUCCGCCUGAUCCCACGUUGUCUGAACAAACUGCCUCAGCUGAAAAUAGAUGUGCGUGACAAUCCUUUGGGACAACCCCCAACCCCUCCCCCCCUCCCUCCUACACCUGAUCGAGCUGAAACAGAAAUUCCAGAGUUGCACCUUGGAUUUAAUCAGCACAGUUUCUCUGUUUCGUCUGCUGGGUGUCAUGUGUUUCUCCCAGGGGGGGCUGAGCUGCUGUUCCCCCCAGGGUGCCUGUUGAGAACCACAAGACUGGAGUGGAUUGAAAAAAGGCCAGAAAGGAAGUGGGUGUGGCUGGAGGAGCAUGACAUCCUACUGAGUCGUCCUCUGGAACUUCACCCCCAUGGAAUCACGUUUCUUAAGCCCGUGGAAGUGUGUGUGCCAUAUCAUCGAAUAAAAAGAAGGGAGGUGGUUGUGCGGAAGUUUGACGGACAGUCGUGGAGCACUCUGCCCACUAAUCUAAGGAGGGGAAGCGAGAGUCAUAGCAGUCACCCUGGAGGACGUCCAGCCAGGCUGGCGUGCUGCUCAGUGAGCCAGUUCUCCUGGUUUAUAGCAGUGUCUCGUCCAGUGAAGGACAGUUGCUCUGUUACACCAUCUGGAGCCCUGCUGGUGUCCAGCUCUGACCCUGGAAUCAAGCUGCACUUCCCUCCAGACUCCACCAUGCAGACCCGCACCAUAACUUUACAGGUGCUGCCGGUGUCUGCGUUAGAGGUACAAGCACUGUGUGGUGAUCCUCAGGCCAGAGUCAGCCCUCUCCUCUGCCUCUCCCAGACUCCCAACAUACAUUUCCUGCAGCCUGUCAAAGUUCAGAUCCCUCUGCCAUCUGGGCUCACAGGACAUACAGUUGAUAUGACCUGUUUGCACCUGCUCCAUGGAGAUCCCACUGCCCAAACCUGGACUGACAUUACAUCACAAGUGUCUCUCUAUGUCACUCAUUUGUAUGCCAUUUUCUACAUUACACAUUUCUCCUGGUACUGGCUGUGGUACACCACUCAGCGCUGUGUUAGCGGGGUGGUCAGGAAGGUCUAUCAAAGACUAAAACAGUUUAAAGUCCAGUUCUUUGUCCUGCAGCGGAAAACUGAUCCUUCACAAGUUUUGCUGCAGUGUUUACCAGCUAACAAGGUUGAAGGCAGAGUACAGUCUUUGUUGGAGCAGUAUGAUGGACCUCAGCCUUCAGACCUCUGUGACCUUCUGGAAGGAGAGCAGUUCUUUGCCGGCUUUGAGAGGGGCUUAGAUAUCAGCACAGACAGACCAGACUGUGUGCAGGGAAGGCUGUGCUUUGUGUUUUACUCUAGCCUGAAGAAUCUGAAGGAAGUGUACAUCUGUCCGGCUCAGGGUCAGAAGGUGCCAGUGAGGGGACAAGUAUCUUUUUACAGAGGCGAGAUUCCCAGCAAUCUGCCAGAGGAAGUGGUGCAGAAGAGGAAAGGAAAUGACAGCCAGUGGCUCGCAACUUUACCACUAAGACUUCCCGCUCUAAACUCAGACAACAGUUACAUCAUGGAGGAGCUCCAGUAUCCUCCUCUCAACCUGGGUGACCCUGAAAGCGGCUAUCUGACAGAAGCCAACCUGCUGUCCAUCUCUCUUCAGAUAGGACAGGACUGGCAUGUUAUUGGCAUCAACCUUGGCUUAAGCUACCAGGAGCUGGAACGCAUCCAGUACAAAUACAGGGACAACCUGGGAGCCUUGGUGCUGGACAUGCUGUUCCAAUGGGCCCGGGGACAGAGAAAUGCAGGACCUGGGGCAGUGUCGAGGCUUGUGGAAGCUAUGGUAGAGAGCGGCAGGAGAGACCUUGCAGAUGAGAUUGAGGACAUAGUCAGUAUAGGAAGGAGAAAGUACUCAGAGUCACUGAGGAGAGUGGGUCUGGAAGAAGAGAGCUCCUCCCUCGCUGACACAGCAGUAGAUGAGCCCUUGCUCGGUGCAGAUGGCUGACUUACACUUGAGUAACCUGUUUGUUUACAGUGCACCCCCAUCAUCUCAUCCUGCUGUCUAAACAACUGUCCUGGAGUACAAAAACACUCUCUUUUUUUCACAAUCAUGUCAGCUACCAGCUGACAGCACCUUUCAUGUAAGCUGCAGAGCAUCAAGAAAAAUGGCGGAACUGCAUGAAGAUGAUGGCCUGUUUAUUCCCCCACUUUUUCAAAACUGUCUCAGUAUUCAAGACAGUACUGUGAUAGCUUAUUUCUGCCAGGAGAAAAUGAUGAAAUGUUAUGCUUGCUAAAAAUACAAGGCUAAGUCAGAAGUAUGAAAUACCAUGACACAAUUUUGCCAUACCAGCUUAAUAUAUGAUUAUUUUGACUUAGUCUCAUCUCAUAGUUCUGACGUAGUAUCUCAUCAUUCUGGCUUAUUUAUUACUCAUUUGCUUACACUAACAGAGUUAUUAUUAAUUAUCAAUAAUAAUAAUUUUAUUUAUAGAGCACUUUUCAAAAUCACAAAGUGCUUUACAAGGCAGCACAAUAAAACAGACAAGCCAUGUAAUCAUUGGAUUUAAAAAGGAAAUAGAAACAACAUGGUGUAUAAAACCAUAAUAGUGAAAACAAAACAAUUCAGUGUAAAAAAAAAAAGUACAAGAAUUUAAAAAAAAAACAAAACAUUUUUAAA